AGUGAUGAGUAUUCAUCUGCAGAUUUUACAUUUUGGACGCAGCUUACAAAUACUCUGUCAAUGACUGAUGUGAAUUUUUGUUGCCACAUACGGGAGACUUCUAACACUGUACCUACAUAUCAUCAAUAACAGUUUCCGGUUUGUUGUGGUUUCGAGGAAUUGUUCAGUUGGAGUGCUGAUUCGUCUUCAUAAAGAAGCGACAUAUCAUUUGAAUAAUGCAAAGCGCUAGAGAAGUUCAAGGAGUGCUUUCUGUUCUUUAUAAUAUUGCAAAAGAGAAUCCGGAUCUUGAGAUGACGUUAUCUCAGUCAGUGAGUGGCGGUUUAAUGGCCGGCGCUGGAGCAGUUUUAGGUGGUCUCCUCGGAGGCAAGGAGGGCAUGCUAACUGGUGCUGCUAUUGGAGGAGUGAUGGGAUAUUUGAAUGCAGAAGACUUUAAACCAGUUUGGAAAAUUUUGCAGAACAUGAGUGAUGAAGAGAGAAGCCGCUUUGCUGCAGCAGUAAAACGCGAGUGUGUCGAGAUGGGUAUUCGAUUUCUUUCUGAUGCUAUUGGUCGACAAACAAGGAGUGCAAGUCGCGAACUACUGAGAAGAUCAAUGCAGCGCUUUGGCUACAAGUAGUGGCAAGGUCGCGGUUAGUUGACUGUGAAUGACAAAAUUUGUGAACUUCGUAUGUGCUUUGCUCUAAUCUGUGUUAAUGUUUCAGUUUCUAAUUAUCGUGUAUUUACUAUCAUUAAUUACUAAGUUAGAUUUCUAUUAGAAAUGAUGUCUUACUGACCAGAUAAUUUGUGUUUAUGCUCGUUGGCACUUGCUUUCGCCAACUAUAUGAAACAAGACGAUUUUAAUUAACAAAAUUGU